AUGUCUGCCGCCACCCUGCGCCAGCGUAUCGUCGACAAGCCCGGUGCUGCCGACAAGGCCGAGCUCCUCCGUGAGGCCGAGGACGUCGAGCUCACCGAGGGCCAAAAGUUUGUGGUGCCCAACUUUACCGUCAAGCAGCUCCUUGACGCCAUCCCUGCGCACUGCUUCAAGCGCUCGGCGUUCAAGUCGUCGCUCUACGUCCUCCAGGACUUUGUGCUCCUGGCCGCUCUCGUUUACGGCGCCUAUCACAUUGAUUCCUUCCUGAGCCGCUUCAACCUCUCCUCCGCUGCCCACACCAUUGCCAAGGUCAGCCUCUGGUUCGCAUACCAGGUCGCUGCCGGUAUGGUUGGCACUGGUGUCUGGGUUAUUGCCCACGAGUGUGGCCACCAGGCCUACUCCGAGUCCAAGGCCAUCAACAACGCCGUCGGCUGGGUUCUCCACUCGAUCCUCCUCGUCCCGUACCACUCGUGGCGCAUCUCGCACGGUCGCCACCACGCCGCCACUGGUCACCUUACCCGUGACGAGGUCUUCGUUCCCCGCACCCGCGAGCAGCUCGGCAUCCAGGCUGCCAAGACUGAGGAGGAGAAGAAGGGUAUCAACGUCCCUGCCUGGCGCCAGGCUGAGCUCCGCGAGGCUCUCGAGGAGUCGCCUAUCGGCGCGCUCUACGGUGCCAUUGUCCACCAGCUCUUCGGCUGGCCCAUGUACCUGAUCCGCAACGCUUCCGGCCAGCUCUGGUACCCCAAGAUGACCAACCACUUCCAGCCGUCGUCGAUCAUCUUCAAGCCCUCGCACUGGUACCAGAUUGUUGCUUCGGACAUUGGUGUCUUCCUCACCUUCGCCGCCCUCGCCACUUUCGCCUACUACCGCGGCUUUGCUGAGGUUGCCAUGGUCUACAUUGCCCCCUACCUCUGGGUCAACCACUGGCUCGUGUUCAUCACUUUCCUCCAGCACACUGACCCCGUCCUGCCCCACUACUCGGAGAAGACCUGGACCUUUGCCCGUGGCGCCCUUGCGACCGUUGACCGCAACUGCCUCGGCCCCAUCGGCCCCUACAUCUUCCACGGCAUCACCGAGACCCACGUCGCCCACCACACCGCGAGCCGCAUCCCCCACUACAACGCUUGGGAGGCGACCGAGGCGCUCAAGAAGUUCCUCGGCCCCCACUACCAGUACAACCCCGAGAACAUGAUUGUCUCGUUCUGGAAGUCGCACCGCAACUGCAAGUACAUCGAGGCCGGCGAGGACGUUGCGUUCUACCGCAACUACUCGGGUGUUGCCCAGAAGGUCGCUGUUGUCGAGGAGAACGCCGUCUCCGACUCGGGUGUCGACCACAAGUAA